CAUCUCACACCACCAAGGAAGUAUAAACACAAAGUAACAUGGUUUUUUUUCUUCUCUCACUCGUGAUCUAAGCAUUUCUUCUCUCCGCGCCACAGUCAAGAAAGAAGGAGAGGGUGAGGGAGUGAGAGUGAGAUAGAGGAAAUUCGAGACAUUUUUUCAUCUGGGAUAUUUCAAAGAAAGGCUCGUCUCAUGAAAAACAUAAAUGAGAACUUGAAGAUAAAAAUAACUUCAGCGCUGGGCAUGAGAUCGACUCGCCUUUCCAGCAGCAGGAGCAGCUGAACUUAUCAGGAUGGGCUGCAACUGCAGUGGUCAAAAAGACGACGUCAGCUCAAACACAAACACAGGAAGAACUGGAAACACCUACUCCGGUGACGACGAAGGCGUGUUUGUGGCCCAGUGUGACUUCAAGUCCACCAACAGCAGGGAGCUGUCCUUCAAAAAAGGAGAGCGAUUCAAGGUUUUGCACGAAGAUGGAGAAUGGUCGCUGGCUCGAGGGCUGGCUGAAGGGCGCGAGGGUUUCAUUCCCAGUAAUUACGUUGUCAGAGCCAACACACUGGAAGAGGAGAAGUGGUUUUUCAAAGAUGUGACGAGGAAAGAAACUGAGCGGCUUCUUUUAGCACCGGGAAACAAAGUGGGGGCUUUCAUUGUCAGAGAGAGUGAGACCAGUAAAGGGUCCUACUCGCUGUCCAUCAGAGACGGUGACCCAGAAAGGGGAGACAUAGUCAAACACUACAAGAUCCGAUCUAUGGACAAAGGUGGCUACUACAUCUCCCCAUCCACUCCCUUCUCCACUUUGCAGGAGCUGGUGAAGUACUACUCACGUACUGCGGACGGUUUGUGUCAGUGCCUCGCCACCCCCUGUAAACCUAAAGCGCCCCAGAAACCCUGGUCACAUGACGAGUGGGAGAUUCCAAGAGACAUGCUGAAGAUGGUGAAGAGGCUGGGAGCCGGCCAGUUUGGAGAGGUUUGGAUGGGUUACUACAAGAACACGCAGAAGGUUGCCAUCAAAACGCUGAAGGAGGGGACCAUGGAGCCCGAGGCCUUUCUGCAGGAGGCCAACCUGAUGAAGAAGCUGCAGCACGAGCGACUGGUGAAACUCCACGCCGUGGUCACCAAGCCGCCCAUUCUCAUCGUCACCGAGUUCAUGAUCAACGGAUGUCUCCUCGACUUCCUGAAGACUGAGGACGGGACGACGUUAAAGCUGAACAAGCUGAUCGACAUGUCGGCUCAGAUUGCAGAGGGGAUGGCGUUUAUCGAGUACAAGAACUCCAUCCACCGAGACCUGCGGGCUGCGAACAUCCUAGUGAACGAGACGUUACACUGCAAGAUAGCAGACUUCGGCCUGGCUCGACUUGUCGAGUCGGAAUACAUUGCACAAGAAGGAGCCAAGUUUCCCAUCAAGUGGACAGCACCUGAAGCGAUCAACUUUGGCACGUUCAGUAUCAAGUCUGACGUCUGGUCGUUCGGCAUCCUCCUGACGGAAAUAGUUACCUAUGGAAGAAUACCGUACCCAGGGAUGACCAACCCAGAGGUGAUCCAGAGUCUGGACAGGUUCUACAGAAUGCCCCGCCCAGAUGGUUGUCCAGAAGAACUCUAUAACAUCAUGACCCUUUGCUGGAAGCAGAGACCUGAGGAGCGGCCCACGUUUGACUUCCUGCAGAACAUCCUCAACGACUUCUUCAUCGCCACAGAGGGACAGUAUGAGAUGCAGCCCUGAUUCAGACCAACAUGGAUGGAUCUUUUUUCAUCACUUUUAAGUCAUUUUCAGUUUAAAUGGAAUAUUAAUAACCAAGUAUGGAGUGCAGAAACAACGACUGACUUGAAGCAUGCCUGAGUGUGUCUCGAACUUCCUCUGUGAGUUUAAUCUGGAAGAAAACAUCCUCCAAAUGACAUUUUCCCCAAAGACCGACCGAUCGAGGUAUAGCAUCUUCACGUUCUCAGCCCCAACUUCAACUGUUCAGUAGUCACACAUGGAACUUGGUCUAAAAAUAUAUAUUCUUCUGAACAUGAAUUCCAUCUCACUUACAAGAGAAACCAUAAUGUCCACAUUAGACGUUUGUAAACAUUGGUAUCUCUCAGUUACUAUCUAUUAUGGAAUGCUAUUAAAUGACAAAAUAAACAUGUA